CUUCCUACUUUGUCUUCAUUUUGGUUCGAAUGAGAGGUUGAGUGUCUCACGCAUUUUGAUUCUCCAAUUUCUUCUGGUAGAGAAGGAUCGAGGCGCUUCUUUUCGUAGGGUCCGACGGGUAAUUUGACUUCGACGAAAGGUUUUACGGCGCUCUGUCAUGUUAUUAGCAAAGGAGCCCGACGUUCAGGUAAGAGACUCGCGCUCUCUGCUGGCUUUCUCGCAUAGCCGCCCGAUAAAGCUAGGAACGCGGAGGUUGGAUCGGAGUAGCGUUGGCAGAGUUCGGGGAGGAGGAUUAGAUGGCGACUGUAGGAUCUGCGCUGCCUCCGGGAACCUUUUGAUGAGGCUUGCUGGCGUGGAGGGGAGCAAGUUCGUGGGACAGAUUGGGGGUUUCAGCCACGAGAGUGAGCACGAUCUAGCGGUGAUGGUGAGUGAUUUUCUGGAGAACGGGAGUGGCGGUGCUGAUUUGAGGUACAGUAGUGACAGUGAUUCCGGGAUUCCCGAUCCUAAUCGCUUCGCGGAGAAACUCCUGUGCCUUAAAAAAUCUGUUGAUCAGUUUGAGAUUACACUAUCAUCAUCUGUUCAAGCUCUGUUGUUCUCGAUCUAUGAUACUGACCUUCUUUGCUCCAGCACCGGCCACUGCAAUGGUAGGUGCAUCAAGCAAGCACUGGUCAAACUUCUUCACCGUUCUGGCUAUAAUGCUGCAGUCUGCACUUGCAAAUGGCAAGGCUUUGGCAAAGUCCCUGGAGGUGAUCAUGAAUACAUUGACGUAAUUCCUAGUGGCAAAACCGAAAGUUCUGAACGGUUAAUCAUCGACAUCGAUUUCCGAAACCACUUUGAAAUAGCUCGAGCUGUUCCAUCUUAUGAUGCAAUCUUGAACUCUUUGCCUUUCAUUUAUAUUGGCUGCAUCACUAAGCUUAAACGUAUAUUACAAAUCAUGGUUGAUGCUGCAGAAUUCUCUCUUAAACAGAACUCCAUGCCUUUGCCUCCAUGGAGGUCACUUGCAUAUUUGCAGGCCAAGUGGCAAUCCGAAUAUGUAAGGAAUUGUUACUACCUGGAUGGAAAGAGCAACCUUCUCUUCGAUUCAUACGAUCAUAGGCAGUGCAUUGGACACCUUAAUAGAAUCAAGUCAUCUCUUUAUUUCGAUUGAAGCCAAGAUCAGGCUUAUGAAUUGAGGAAUUGUAGAAUCUUACGCGGUUUUUAGUAUUGUUUUCUUUCAUUCAUUCUCUUUCAGAUUUAAGCAGUUGCAGGUUCAAUAAGCUGCCAUUUUGUGAAGGCAGCAAGCAGUUUUGCAAUUUUUUUUUUCUCAUCUACCAUCUGUUUCAUUUACACAAAAUCUAUUAGAAAAUAUUUGUCAAAAUUGGGAAGGAGAAAGAAUCUAUUUCCUUCUUCUA